AUGCAUAUUGGUAAGUCAAAUAGUGUUCACAAUCAGGCAAAGAAGAAGUGUGAAGAUCUAAUGCGACAAGAACAAUCAAUUCAAGCCGCAUUUGUUAAGCUAUCAAAUCAAACCAAGCUUGAGCACAAAAUUCGCUUAAAGGCUUCAAUUGAAGUGGCGAGACUUCUCUUGAAUCAAGGAUUGGCAUUUCGUGGACAUCGUGAAGAUGAAUCAUCGCUAAACAAAGGUAACUUUCUUGAAAUUCUUUCAUGGUAUGCGAAGCGGUGUGAUAAAAUUGGUGAACUUGUGUUGAAAAAGGCUCCAAAAAAUGACCAGAUGACUUCUCAUAAAAUUCAAAAAGAUAUAGUCACUGCAUGUAAGCUUGAAACAAUUAAAGCUAUUAUGGAGGAUCUAAACGGUGACUAUUUUUCAUUGUUAGUUGAUGAAUCUUGUGAUAUAUCGCGUAAGGAGCAAAUGACAAUUGUUUUGCGUUAUGUUGAUAGAAAGGGGUCUGUGGUGGAACGGUUCAUAGGAAUUAUUCAUGUUCAUGAUACUAGUGCUUUAUGUUUGAAAGAAGCUAUUGUUAACUAUCUUGCGCAACAUUCUUUGAGUUUAUCUUUUAUACGAGGGCAAUGCUAUGAUGGAGCUAGCAAUAUGCAAGGGCGUUUAAGUGGCCUUAAAGUUUUGAUUCAACAAGAAAGUAAAUCAGCUCAUGCAAUUCAUUGUUUUGCUCACCAACUUCAGUUAACUCUUGUUGGGGUAUCUAAAAAAUGCCUUCAAGUUGGAGAACUUGUAUUGUUGGUUUCUAAUGUCUUAAAUGUAGUGGGAGGUUCUUUUAAACGUAUGGAUGAACUUCGAGAAUCUCAAGCAAAAAAAGUUCAAGUGGCACUUGAUAUGGGUGAGGUUGAAAGUGGUAAAGGAUUGAAUCAAGAACUUGGUCUUGCUAGAGCUGCCAAUACUCGGUGGGGUUCACAUUACAAAUCUUUUAAGAACUUCAUUAGUAUGUUUGGCUCUAUUACUGAUGUUCUUGAUACUAUUGUUGUUGAUUCUGAAUCUGUUGAAGAAAAAGCUAAGGCAACCGGAUAUCUUAAAGUUUGUCAAACAUUUGAGAUUGCUUUCAUAUUGCAUUUAAUGAGAGAUAUUUUAGCGAUCACAAAUGAGCUUAAUGAGUCUUUACAAAAGAAAGAACAAGAUAUUGCAAAUGCCAUUCUACUUGUUAAAGUGGUGAAGAAACGAUUGCAAGAUUUAAGGAAUGAAGGAUGGGAUUCACUUGUCGAGAAUGUGUCCGCAUUUUGUGUCAAGUAUGAUAUUUUGAUACCUAAUUUUGAUGAGUUCUAUGUUAAUUUUGGAAGAUCUCGACGUAAAGUUGCUGAGUAUACUAUUUCACAUCACUAUCGUGUGGAAGUAUUUUUUAAGAUUAUUGAUUGGCAGCUUCAAGAACUCAAUGAUCGUUUUAAUGAGGUUAGAACAAAUUUGCUUAUUGGAGUUGCUUGCUUGAAUCCAGUUGACUCAUUUUCUAGUUUUGACAUCAAGAACAUAUUGAGAAUGGCUGAAUUAUAUCCUGAUGAUUUUGGUGAAAAUGUAAUGGUUACUCUUAGGAAUCAGCUAGAGACUUAUAUAGUUGAUGUCCGUGAUGUUGAUAAAAGGUUCUCCAACUUAAAAGGGCUUGGCGAUCUUUCUGAAAUGCUAGUUAAGGUAAAGAAGCAUUUAAACUAUCCUCUUGUGUUUCGCCUUAUAAAAUUUGCGUUGCUCCUGCCGGUUGCUACUGCUACAGUUGAAAGAGCUUUCUCGGCAAUGAAGUUGAUCAAGAGUGAAUUGCGAAAUCGAAUGGAUGAUGAUUUUCUGAGUAGUUGUAUGGUGCCUUAUGUAGAGAAAAGAAUAUUUAAUACUAUUUCUGAUGAGAGUAUUAUGAAUAGGUUUCAAGAAAUGAAAACUCGUAGAAUAGAAUUGUAA